AUGCAUUUCUUCUUCCCCAAGAAGCACAGAAACCACAGGAUCGUCCUGUGGUUGAUGGCUGGUGAAUUUCCGAUCACCAUCGUGAUGCUGACGCUCACGGGUAUCGCCUCACACAAUCUGUACCGGACAUUAUUAUGGCAGGAUGGCGCAGACAACGGGUUUAAUAGUGCCCCCAAUGAGGCUUUAUAUGCGGCAGCAAACUACAGACCGUUCACCGCGCCCAUGGUCUGGUCUUCAUUCUACAACCUCGUGCUUGGCGUUCUGAGCACCUUCUUCUUGAUCACCAAGCUACCUGUCCAUUGGAUGCACCUGUUCUACCCUCCUGUCGCUGUCGGUGUUCACGCCUCCCUAUUCAUCCUAUAUCUUGUGUCGGCCAUUUACCAAGGUGGCUCCGACACAUCAGAUCCCCGGCACUCACAACCUGGCGCACCAUGGUACAUCACCAAAAGCUGCAGUGUUGCCUAUCGUAAAUCAAACAUCCCAUACUGCAUGCAAGCUAAAGCCUUGUUUGCCGUGACAAUAAUCCUCAUUAUCCAUUACGCAGUGAUCCUCGGCUUCACCAUCCACUCCUGCUUCAUCACACCCGAAGAGCGCGACGAAAUCCUCGAGCAGAGGGAAGAACGCCGGAUUGAGAAGGAAUUCGAGGAGGAGAUCAUCAAGUCCCCCGGCAUGAUUCCCAUGACUCCCGGUUCAAUGCCACCGGGCCCAGGAAUGGUACCUCGUACGCCCGGAAUCCCACCGAUGGCCGUCGGAGGAGGCAUUUCACCUUUCGCUCCGCGCACCCUGGCCUUCAACCGACUUGGAAAUGGUAGCACCGCCUCUGACUUACCACUGCGAGACAACCGCUCUCCCCAGACCCAAUAUCCGUCACCGCAGUCCCAAGAGGUGAGCCCAGAGAGCGCGACAUCACCCAUGUAUUUCCCACCACCUCCUAAGAAGGCUGCGAGGACCUGA